AUGCAGAGGUGCGCCGUAAGCUCUGUCUAUAUUAUUGAGGCCAUCAAGAUUAUCCGUAUUUACCCCAAGAACAAGCGGCGGACUAAGAUCUUCUUCGAACUGCUCACUGUCAAUGCCAUUUUUAUCCUGAUGGAUAUCACAUUGGUGGUGCUCCAGUAUUUGGACUUCUACAUCGCGCAAACUUUCGUGGAAUCGUUUGUGUACAGUAUUGAAUUGAAGCUGGAGUUCGCUGUCCUGGGCACUCUGGUUUCCAUACCACACUUGCAUGUGACUUCAGAGCCGAUUUCUAGCGGCGAGGAAGAAAGUAUCCGUUCUUCCCGUGGAAAGGGGGUUACGAUUGCUGCAGAACAUGCCGAGCCCGAGGGUCCGAGCACACGCCUUACAACCGUUGCCGGAGUUAACUCUGGGGGAAAGACACCGAAUGGAAAGAAGGAGGUGGACAGUUGA